AUGGAGCAUGCCCGACAAGGGGCUCGCUCCGGUGAUGACCACGACUGGGUCGUUGCAAUUCGUGUAUGGGGACACGUUAGUCUCAACAAGAGGAAGGCUCGUAUGUUUGACAAUGAUGUGUUUGGGUACCUUCAUGUUCCUGCUUCAUCUUCCCAAAUUCUUUAUGUCGGAGAGUAUAUUGCUCCCGACGAUGAAUUAGACCCACUUGCCGCACCCGCGCCCCUGCCAAGUCGUUCCCUUCCCGGCUUGGCUCGAUACCUGGGGAUCAGAAUUGUGGCUCCGUAUUUUGGAGCCUCACUGGGCGAUCCGCUUAACCUCUACUGGGCAGCCCUCAGCCUGGAGCUGUGCGGUAUACCGUAUGACCAUUAG